UGAUUGAUAACUCAACUCAACCCGCUUCCUAAACAAAACCCUCAUAAACGCGAAAUCAAAGAACUGGAAGUGAAGUAACAUACAGAAGAGAAGAGGGGAGAGAAGACUGAGAAAACGACUCUUCUCUCACACAACACAACAAACACACACACACAACCUGUUUCCUGAUCUGUUUAUCUCUCGCAUCACAUCCAACUCCUUCCUCAAUUCUCAAUAAGAUCACAAGCCCUAUUCACUCCUCGCUUUCGAUUUUCCAGAUCCCCAAAUUCUCUCUGAUUUUGCUUAUGGCGUCGAUAAAGGGGGUGAACAGAUCGGCUUCGGUGGCGUUAGCGCCGGACGCGCCUUACCUGGCGGCGGGGACGAUGGCUGGGGCGGUGGAUCUGUCGUUCAGUUCGUCGGCGAGUCUGGAGAUCUUCAAGCUCGAUUUCCAGUCCGACGAUCAUGACCUCCCUCUGGUCGCUGAGUCCACUAGUUCCGAGCGCUUCAAUCGCUUGUCUUGGGGCAAGAACCCCUCAGCCUCUGAGGAGUUCACUCUCGGUCUCAUCGCGGGUGGUCUGGUCGAUGGCAACAUUGGGAUUUGGAAUCCUCUCGCUCUCAUCAGCUCUGCAGCAGGUGAAAAUGCUCUCGUUUCGCAGCUUUCGAGGCAUAAAGGGCCUGUUCGUGGUCUUGAAUUUAAUGCACUUUCUCCUAACCAUCUUGCUUCUGGAGCUGAUGAAGGUGAAAUCUGUAUAUGGGAUAUAGCAAAUCCAACAGAACCUACUCAUUUUCCGCCUCUCAAGGGUAGUGGAUCUGCUACUCAGGGUGAAAUUUCAUUUUUAUCUUGGAAUAGCAAGGUUCAACAUAUAUUAGCAUCCACUUCGUAUAAUGGGACAACUGUGGUUUGGGACCUGAGGAAGCAAAAGCCGGUGAUUAGCUUUCAAGAUUCAAAUAGGAGGCGGUGCUCUGUUUUGCAAUGGCAUCCUGAUGUGGCCACUCAACUUAUUGUUGCUUCAGAUGAUGAUAGUUCACCUGCUUUGAGGCUUUGGGAUAUGCGUAAUAUAAUGUCACCAGUGAGGGAGUUUGUGGGACACACUAAAGGUGUGAUUGCGAUGUCUUGGUGUCCCAGUGACAGCUCCUAUUUGCUUACUUGUGCCAAAGACAACCGCACAAUUUGCUGGGAUAUUGUUUCAGGAGAGAUUGUCUCUGAAUUGCCAGCUGGAACCAACUGGAAUUUUGAUGUGCAUUGGUAUCCAAAGAUACCUGGGGUCAUAUCGGCAUCUUCCUUUGAUGGAAAAAUUGGGAUUUAUAAUAUUGAGGGUUGUAGCCGAUUUGGAAUCGGGGAGGGUUUUGGUGCAGCACCUUUGAGAGCCCCAAAAUGGUAUAAAUGUAAAGCUGGGGUGUCUUUUGGUUUUGGAGGGAAGCUUGUUUCAUGUUGCUCUAAGGAUUCUGCUACUGGAGCUUCAGAGGUUUAUGUGCAUAACUUAGUUACAGAAAACAGUUUGGUGAGCCGCUCAUCUGAAUUUGAAGCUGCGAUACAAAAUGGGGAGAGAUCUUCGCUAAGGCUUUUAUGUGAUAAAAAAUCUCAGGAGUCUGAAUCUGAGGAUGACAGAGAAACAUGGGGCUUCUUGAAGGUUAUGUUUGAAGAUGAUGGGACAGCAAGGACAAAACUGCUUAGCCAUCUCGGUUUCAGCCUACCAAUUGAUGCAAAGGAUACCUUGCAAGAUGAUCUAUCUCAGGAAGCAGGUGCUAUGGGUCUGGAAGAAAAAGUAGCAGUUAAAGGAGGGUAUGCAGCAGAUAAUGACGUUGCCACCUUUCCGUUAGAUAAUGGGGAAGAUUUCUUUAACAAUCUUCCAAGUCCUAAAGCUGAAACACCCGUGUCAAAUUCUGGGGAUAACUAUACUGUUGGAGGCUCUGUUUCCAAUGUGGACGAAAUGCAACAAGAAAUUGACGGACAAGAGGAGAGUGCUGAUGAAUCAUUCAAUGAUGCCGUUCAACGUGCAUUAGUUGUUGGGGACUACAAAGGGGCAGUUGCUCUGUGUAUAUCUGCAAAUAAAGUGGCUGAUGCGCUAGUUAUUGCUCAUGUUGGUGGUGCUUUGUUGUGGGAGAGCACACGGGAUCAAUACCUUAAGAUGAGCCAUUCUCCUUACUUGAAGGUUGUUUCUGCAAUGGUAAACAAUGAUCUCAUGAGCCUAGUGAACACCAGGCCCCUGAAAACCUGGAAAGAAACACUUGCUCUACUUUGUACUUUUGCACAGAGAGAGGAGUGGACUUUGCUAUGUGAUGCACUUGCUUCUAGGCUCAUGGCUGCUGGUAACACACUAGCUGCGACUCUUUGUUAUAUAUGUGCUGGAAAUAUUGACAAGGCGGUGGAAAUUUGGUCACGGAAUCUGACAUCAGAGCAUGAGAGGAAAUCCUAUGUUGACCUUCUUCAGGAUUUAAUGGAAAAGACUAUAGUCCUUGCUUUGGCAUCCGGGCAGAAGCAAUUUAGCGUUUCUUUGUGCAAGCUUGUUGAGAAAUAUGCUGAAAUAUUGGCAAGUCAGGGGCUAUUAUCCACAGCAAUGGAAUACUUAAAAUUGAUGGGAACUGAUGAAUUGUCUCCUGAGCUUACAAUCUUACGAGAUCGGAUUGCGCAAUCAACAGAAGUUGAGAAAGAAGUUCCCAAGUCUAUGGCUUUUGAAAACUCUCAAUUACAAACAGGACCCAUAUAUGGUUCCAAUCAAUCCAAUUUUGGUGCAGUUGAGGCCUCUCAACAUUAUUAUCAGGAAACAGCACCGUCACAACUGCAGCAGAGCAUUCCAAACAAUCCUUAUGGUGAAAGUUACCAACAUUCAUUUAGGUCUUCAUAUGGUAAAGGAUACGGUGCACCAGGCCCUUAUCAGCCAGCACCACAACCUAACAUGUUUCUUCCAUCACAGGCACCUCAAGUUCCCCGGAUGGACUUUACUGCACCACCUGUUACCACUCAACCUACAUUGAAACCCUUUGUUCCUGCUACUCCUCCUGUGUUGAGAAAUGUGGAGCAAUACCAGCAACCCACGUUGGGUUCUCAGUUGUAUCCUGGGACUGGCAACCCAAAUUAUCAAGUGGGACCUCCUGGCAGUGGCUCACUUGGGCGUAUUCCAUCUCAAGCAGGUCCCAUUCCUGGGCAUAAGAUGCCUGACGUUGUGGCUCCAACAGCAUCUGGGGGAUUUGUGCCUAUUACUAGUUCGGUAGUUCAACGACCUGGGAUGAUGGGUCCAAAGCAACCAUCCAGUCCUACUCAGCCAGCACAAGCCAUAACUCCUGCAGCUCCCCCACCUACAGUACAGACAGUUGAUACUUCAAGUGUACCUGCCCAGCAAAGGCCUGUUAUCACAACGUUGACAAGACUCUUUAAUGAGACAUCAGAAGCACUGGGCGGUUCACGUGCAAAUCCAGCUAAGAAGCGAGAAAUAGAGGACAAUUCAAGGAAAAUAGGUGCCUUGUUUGCCAAACUUAACAGUGGUGACAUAUCUAAAAAUGCAGCUGAAAAGCUUGUUCAGCUCUGCCAGGCUUUGGACAGCGGUGAUUUCAGUGCUGCCCUCCAAAUCCAGGUGCAACUCACCACUAGUGACUGGGAUGAGUGCAAUUUCUGGCUUGCAACUCUCAAACGAAUGAUCAAGACUCGGCAGAAUGUGAGAUGAAUUGAAAGGGUAAAUUCCACCCACUGUCCAAGCGCCAAUUCGCAAUUCUUCCCUUGUGGGGAUAUGUCAGGGCACUUGUCCCUUUCUCUAUGUACACAAGAACUCACAUCUUCAGAUAGGUGAUGCAGGCUUUGGGUUUGUUCUUUUUUUAGUUCCCUAUGCUAAUCUCUUAUUGCUUCCAAUUUCAUGCUGUUUUUUGAAAGCAGUUAGAGAAGAUAGUUACGAGGAUAUUAAUGAACUCCAUUUUUCGUUUAUAUUUUGUAGCAUUGAGAAAUAGAAUUUGGGUUUUGGUUUUGGUUUUGGUUUUGGUUAUAUAAUGAUUUAGUUAUUUUUUUGGUCUACACGCCAUUCAGUGACUUGUGCUUUAAGUGAUCAAUAUUGUGUCCCUUAGGUAUUUGUGAGGCCAUUGGUUUGUACUUCUAAUGAUGAAAUAUUUUUAAUAAGAUCAGUUAUGGUUUUCUGCUUUUGUUGA